CUACUGCACCUGCAAGUACACGUCCGGCGCACAUGGGAAAAUCCUACUGCAGCUUCUUUCCCCCAUCUUGUUGGCCAGCCGUCGUCCUUCUGCACCCUUCCGCGCUUCUUGUUGAUCCUACAUAGCGUGCCCGUCGGAUCCCGAGUUAAAGCUGGCGUCCUGUCUCAGUCCAAAGAGGUGGGAAACGUGGCAGGCUUGAGCGGCAUCUUGUCCAAAUCGAGG